GCGCGGCGGCGCUCAGUUGCCGUCCGACUCUCGGCUCCCGCCCCAGCUCUGCGCUGCGUUCGCGCGUCGCCUGCCUGCCUGCCUGCCGCCGUGUGUGCCGUGUGUGCGUGUGUGCGCGCUGCUGCUUCUUCAUUUUCGCGCGAGCAGUAGGGUAUUCGGUGACGACGAGCGACGGGGCGACAAUGUGCAAUUGAUUACGAGGGGCAGCAUGGUAGUAGGAGAGUAUGCAGGUGGCUUGGAAGGAACGUCGUUGUCUAACGGAGCCAGCAACGUGAGCAGCGGCGACGACGCGCCAAUGAAAUCGCAAGAGUCAGUGCAGCAGCCAAGCUCGAUGGACUCGAGCGACUCGGGCGUGACGACGACGUCGAGCAGCGAGUACGCGUACCGGCCGCUGACGACGAAGCACAGACGCGCCGGCAGCACGGGCACGACCGGCGACGAGGAGUACACGAGCGACGAGGACGAGCUCGACGAGGCCGACUGCUGCCACGCGGUCGGCGCCUCGCACCCGAUGAUACUCAAGAGCGACCUCGCGCGCGCCGCCACGGAUCUGUUCGGCUACGGCAACGCCGCGGCCUGCAAGAAGGACGCCGGCGACGAGCCCGACGAGCCCACCAGUCUUUUCGACGACGACGACGCCGGCUUCGGCCGCGAGAGGCCGUCGCCGCUCGCGAUUUUCAGCUUCAACGAGGGCGCCCGACUGGCCGCCACGGCGCCGAGGCGUCGCUCGUCCGCCGGCUCGGACAAGUGCCACGGCAGCGGCAAGCCGUCGGCGCCGAGCAGCAGGACCGCGCCGGAGCCGGCACCCGAGUGUCACGGCCCCGCUGGCGCGGACGGCCAGUUCGACGGGAGUUCGGGCUCGAAGGGCGAGGCCGACGGCGAGAGCGACGAGCACGAGCCGGCGUCGCCCUCGGCGGCGCAGCGGGGACGCGCGCCCAGCGAGACCGACGGCCAGCGGCAGAUCGCCCAGCUGCAGGACGAGCUGCGCCGCGCCCGCGAGGAGCUCAAACUGAAGGACGAGGAGGUGGCCAGACUGUCGAGGAUCAGGCAGGACGUCGAGGCCGAGCUGGAGGAGCUCACCGCGAGCCUGUUUCAGGAGGCGCACAACAUGGUGCGCGAGGCGAAUCAGUGCCAGGCGACGGCCGAGCGCCUGCUGGAGGAGAGCCGCAUGAAGGCCGAAGUGCUCGCGGCCGAGGUGGCGGCCCUCAAGACCCUGGUGCUGACCUCGACACCGGCGCGGCCGAACCCGCACCUGCACCCGCAGAUCUGCAGCUCGUCGUCGGCCCCGGCCGCGGACGACGGCCAGCAGCAGGCCACCGGCGGCAUCUUCGCCAAGCGCCACCGGCGCUCGCCGUCGCACUUCAAUCUCAAGUACGGCCGCGAGAGCUCGCCGCCGGACUCGCCGCAUCGCGAGCCGGGAGCCUCGCUGCCGUGCGACGCCGCCAAGGACGCCUACGAGAGGGAUCUGGACCGCGAGCGCGAGCGCCACCGGGAGCGCGAGAAGAAGCGCGAGAGGGAGCGCGACCAGCAGAGCCGCGAGCUGGGCUUGGAGGUGGAUCCGCGCGUGCACGCCCAGUUCCUCAGGUGGAAGGCCAGCCCCUGCGUCGACAAGGGCGAGCCGUUCGUCGAGCGCAUUUUCCGCGAGGACAUCGACCUCUGCCUCGACUUCCCCAACGCCGAGCUCGGCGCCAAGGUGCGACAGGCCGUGCUCGACGGCAUUAUCUUCGUCGAGGCCGUCAGCGACAAGGCCAAGCAGGGCUUCCCCAAAAAGUGCGCCCUGCUGGAGGCGCCACGACAAUGCCACUAUCGGAUGCGGAUAAGCGAUCAGGAGAACCAGUGGCACUGCAUAUCGCAGAUCUGCAGGAACCGAAUCAUAGCCGUGUGCGACUUCCUGAAUUAUCUGCGUUACAUCGAGCGUGGCCUCGUCAAAAGCUCCGUGCACGACGUCUACUGGGAAAUCACGCGACUACGCAAGGAAAUGGUACUGGCGCGCCUGGGCCUAGCACUGUCCUCGUAAGAGCUGUCGAGUCCCUUCCGAAAAGCGAACGCACAACAAAGAGCGCCGCUUCCACGUUGUCUCUCUUCUGUCGUAACGCCGUACAUAAUCUUUCAUUCUCGACGAGUGAUGCCACGAGGCGAAGCUUACGUCGGUGUUUUAUAAAUAAUAAAUAUGAAUAUGGUAUACGUGUAAUAUAAGGCUGUGAAAGCUCAAGCGUUCGGGUGCAUGUGUGUGAGUGCGCAAGAAAAUCUGCGAACGAAUCCGACAUCUUAUUCUCGCUUAUUUCCUGCCGCGCGACAGUUUGUACAUAAACGCGAUGAUGAUUCGAUGAUGCGCGACGGAACGAAAAGGAAAAAAGCUCACUCGUAAUUUAACAAAACGCCUAAAAACGAUAAUUCAAGACUUCUUCCAAACAUCGAACGUUAUAUUGAUUUUUCUUCUUCGACUGCGAAUUGUAAUACGAUGUGUAUAGUGCAAGCAACAAUAUAUCUAUAGUUCGACGUCUUUUUUCAUUUCCUUUUUUUUAGUCGACUGAGAUUCAUUAAAAUAUAAUAGAUAUAUAAUAGUAAUGACGAUUACCGUUGUGAGCUCUAAUGUUUUUUCGUUAGAGUGGAGAUGUUUCGAUGAAUUAUUGCUAUAUCACUUGUUGUUAGUACAUCGCAAAGUGGACCAUGAGAAAGUUAUCGAAAACGAGAUCCUCGCGGAGACAUGUCUGCGGGACAUCUUAGCGUUUUAAAAGAAAAUCUUUAGUGAUACUGUAAUUAUAUCAGAUGAUGAGUAUCGUAAUAGUUAUGUAAUGUAAUGACAUUAUUUAUAAUGAGAAUAUCAAAAAAAUACAAACACAAUGAGUUUUUAUUAUGUAUAUCGUAGGUGAUAAUGACGCUAUUGUCGAAAAUAUCAACAUUUCUUUUCCUGUUUUUCCGUCAUUCGUAUAUUAUUGCAAUUGAAAAACGAGGAAACAACUGUAAUAUAAUCAAAUCCCAGGUUGUUACUAGAUCGAUAAUUAAAAAGAAUAUCUCCAUUAAUAAA